GGCUGAUAUGUGUCUAUAUAAGUGAGGGGGUAACAACAUGUUCAAAUAAUCUCUGCAUUUUUGUUUGUUUAUUCAAUAAUUCUGUUUUAACUUCUGGCAUAACCAGUGAACUAAAAACGCGAGGCAAGCAAACGAAAGCUUUGACAAGAUGAAAGUUCUCUGUUUACUUAUAUUUACCUUCGCAACAUUCUUUCACAAUUCUAGAGCAGAUCACUACCGAAAAAACAGAAAUAACGGUGGUCAAUAUGAUUGGUAUUUCGAUGAUGAGUUUAAUAGUGGCUUCUUCAGAUAUUAUGAUAACGAUAAAAACUACAAACCGAGAAAUUUUUAUGAAAAUCGAGAAGACAGUGAGGGAUAUGUCGACGGGAAUGGACAGCAGAAGAAUUACGCAGAUGAUUCGGAUCUUAGUGAAAACUUAGAUUAUCGUGAGCGUAGCAAUAAAAAUCAUGGCCACAAACACGAUCAUCGUGACAACCGAAGAGAUGAUAACCUAUAUAACUUAGAGUCUUAUGGGGAAUUCAGUCAUCAUCAUAAUAAUGAUAGUGACGAUCAUCGUCCACAACGAUAUCAUCGCCAUUAUUAUCACGACAAUUAUUUCGAUAAAUAUGAUAAAGAUGUCAGAGAUUUUGUGUUCAAUGGGGGACUAAAGUAUCGUCCAAGAAGAUACUACAGUAGUGGUCCCAAUAAGCCAUACAAAUUGCCAUAUCCAUAUUAUGCAUAUAAUUAUCCCUCAGGAUCUUCUCAUGCAAUGGAUCAUGGAAUGGUUGGGGAUAUGUAUUAUGAUCAAAUAAACAGAACAAAUGGAAACUAUGACAGGUAUGGGAACUACAUACCUGAUUACCUACCAGAAACUAAUCAUCAACCUCAAGUGAAAAAUGAUGUUACGAAACGAACAGUAAAAGACAGUGAUGGAAAUAGUAACUCAGAGGAUAAUAUGCCCAAGUCCAAAGUAGUAAACGGUCACGGACCUGAAGAAGAAUAUGAUGAAAUUGAAUCACCGAGUCAUCAAAGUGACCAAAAGGAGCAGUAUCAACCAAAACCAGAGGACCGAAAUCACCACGUAGAGAAGAAGAAGAGAGGUAACAGAGGUGACGAAAAUGAUUCAGGUGAAAACGAAGACAGGAGAUAUUCGCGAAGCCCUGGUAGACGAGAAGAAGAACCUCACAAGAAAAAUAAAGCAAGGCUGAUGAAGGAAUCUAAGCCUGAUGGCUACAGUAAAAACAAAAAUCAUACCAGUUAUCAUGACUAUGACAGUAAGCCUAGGAAAAAGAAAGGAAAAGGCUAUAACAAAAGGGGGAAGAGGAAAAGGAAGUCAAAUCAAUAUAAAGGUUCAGGAUACAACAAGAGAAAAUAUAACUCCGAAAAAGAGGACUAUCAUGGUGAGAGUGAGGAGAAAGACGAUUCAAACAAUAAAAAAGAUAAUUCAAACAGAUAUCUCUUUACUUCUGAUGAUCAGCGUAAAAGUGGAUCUGGCCGUAGUAAGUAUGAUGAUGAUAAUGGUGAUGAUGAAGAAUAAAAUUUGAAAGUAAAAACUAUUGAAUGAAAUCUUUAACCAGAAAAUAAGCUAACCAUAACCAAUGAUACCAUUGAACUGUAACUCUAUUAUUUGUCCAAUAAAGUACGU